UUUGUAUAUAAAUUGAAAAGUUGAAAAGAAUUAGAAACACAAAAAUGUCCACAUUUCGUGUAAAACGCUCAAAAGGUGGUUCCUGUUGCUGUCCAGAAAGUCAGAAUGCGGAUUUCUCGCAAGGAGCUGUUGGAGCUCAAGGACCUGAUCCACAGGAUGUGCCUCGCCAGACUUGCAAUGAUCCUUGCUCACCAGAAAAUUGCAAGAUUUAUGGUGGCCUCGAUGAACCCUAUAACAACAAUACGGGCACUUUCGAUCCCAAAGAAUGUUUGCGUUCACGUCGUGGUAAUGUUGAUAAGUCACUGGGAUUUCCCAUUGGCAUUAUGGCAGGCAGCAAGCCAGUUCAGAGUGGUGUACCCAAUGUGGAGAGCAUACGUUUCGCUGGGAAUUUAAAGGGAUUCGCUCAUAGUUAUUAUACAAGACGCGAUGAAUGGUCACCAGAGACAAUUGACAUGUUGGUUGUGGAGGGACAAGUACUGUUUAGUGAUUCGGAAAAUAUGAAUCCACCCAAUCAUAAUAUUUAUCCCGAAAUCUAUGAUGAGAAUGAACAAAAGGUGACGCGACACUUCAAGCUGAACGAUAUUGAAUUCGCUAUGGAAUUGGAGACCCCCUUUGAAAUAAACGGAUAUCCAAAUAUUAUACGGAAUAUUCGUCGCGUGUUAAAGGAGUUUUUUAAAAAAUCUCAAUAUGGUGUAUUCUGGACACCCGAUUGGUAUCUCCUCAUUUGGAAAGAGAAGGGCAUUUGGAUGGUGCUGGAUCUAAAUGGCCGUGAUAAGGAGACAUUGAAAUCGAAUCAUGAAAGUGGCUAUCCCAUGAUGUUGGCCCUCAAAUCAAUGGACAAUGUCGUCUGGCUGAUUAAGAACGAAAGUAAUUUGGAGAAAACUGAUCCGUUUUCGUUAAGAGAGAUUUUGGUUGUCAGAAUGGUUACACCAGGACCCGAGGGUCAGAGUUAUGAAAGGGAAUUUGGUAUGCGUUUAAGUCAAUUUGAUGUCAUUGCCUCGGACUAUGCAUAUUUGAAAUCGAAUUUACAUCUAACCUUAAAUCCCAAGGAUGCUCUACGCAAUCGUAGUGCCUUGCCUGUGGCUGUGGCCACGGCAUUGGCCACGAAAAUUGAUCAUCCGGCCACAUGGGAUGAGAAAAUGUACGAUAAGGUUAUGUGCUACGGUGUCAAUAUGUGUAAGAACUGUUGGGAGCCAUGCAUUGAUAUUAAUCAACCCAUGGAUUUGGAUACGUUUCCACGACAAAUUCGUAUGGGACAAUUUGUAGCUGAAGUUCUGCUGACCCCGAAUGUCUUUGAGGGAUGGUGGAAAUGUGUGCCAAUGUAUAAAUUCAAUGAUUUUCAUUUAAUGCUGGAGAAGGCGCUGAAUGAGAGUGAUUAUGUCAUCUUUCAGAUCAAUAAUCAAAUGUAUUCACUAUGGAAGAAGGGUGAAUUUAUCUAUCUGAUGGAUCCAUAUCGUCAUCAUAUUGUCGGACGUAUAUUGGAGGAGGGUGAAGAUCCAAAAAGUGCCACAGUUCGAAUGUUUGGCAAUAUCGAUCGUUUGUUGAGCGUCUUUCAUCAGAUAUUGCUAGAAUCGAAUCGUUCGGCCAUUUUUCAUAUACAUACACUGAAGAUACGCAAUAUUACGGAAUGCCCACCGGGUACGGCUCCGGCUCUAUUGCCACCCGACGAAGACAUUGAGGUUCGUUCACUCAACGAGAAUAUACGCUUCGAUGAGAACUAUGACAAGUGUCUGGAGGAAUUGGGUGAGAUAAGUGAUUAUGAAGAGGAUUUGGCUUCCGAAAUUGAGCCCAUCGAGGAGGUUAGCUCAUCCGAAGAGAUGGUCGAAGAGGAAGAAGGUGGCGAAGCAGGACCAGCUGAGGGCGGCGAUGAAGAAGAUGAGGAAGAUUAAAUCCCCACACGAAAUGAUGAUUUUUUUUUGAAUUUUUGGAUUUUUAGUGUAACAAAAUUAAAGGGCGUGUAGUGUUGUGUAUUUACGUAUUCUUAAAUCCUACAAAAUAUUAACACGAAUAAGCAUUGUUGUUUCUCCUGAA